AUGGUGGAAGUUCUUAAGAUUUCCAACGUUCGUCGCCGGAAUUUCCUUUCGGAACCGCUCUUCCGCGGCGAGCCAGCGCAAGCCCUUUUGAGAAAUCUGUUCAACCGGCGUGAAAGGCAGAUUUUUUUUACGGUUCUAGCAAACCGGUUUGGUCUUUGA